AUGGAGUUGGGUGAGUUGGUUUCUGCCUUGUUGCUGCGUUUGGAUUGGCCCGGUGCGACCUCGUGCGACCGAACCCCCACUUGGCUCAGAGACUCGAUCGGCUGACCCUCGCUCUCCUAACCCACCCCUACCCUCUAUUGUCGAUAUUGUCGAUGUAUUGUCGAUGUUGCCCUCGUUUCGAUCAGACGCCUAGGGCGACUACAAAUCGGCUCCAUCCGGUCGCCCGCAUCAACCUGUGUGUCUCACACUUUGUUCCAACAUUGCCAUCGUCCCCACCCCUCUCGAUCAUCAGUAAGUCACGCUUUCCUCGCUGUGUCUAUCCGACAAGCAGCCCAAGGAGCCUGCUAACAUUCGGCAACACGACAUCCCUUGAUUCUUCUCACUUAGAACAACGUCUGUGUCAUCGUCGUCGUUGUUGGAUUUCAAGUCACGGGUUGGCAGGUCGCUGGGGAUGGAAGGAUAAGGACGGCACAACAGCUGAGAGAGCGGAUGGUGGGAUGCAACACUCCCACGGCUUGGGUUUGA